GAUGUCUUCAGAGCUCCUCUCGAGAACACCUGACGGCUACGGUCCUCUCGUCCCGGCCGCUGGUGGCGCCACCUGUGCUCACCCUCCGACCUGCCGUCAACCCGUUCAGCUCAGCUGUCUGCGCUAUGACGUCGUCACAAGAUGGCCGCCGUCUGGAGCUGGCUGUGACGAAUUUGGAAGCGUGUGGUGUGGAGAGCUGUGUACAGCCGAGCGGCGAGCGCUGGUUGUGUCUGACGAUCCGGUUCCCUUUGAUCGCCGGGAUCCACCUGCCCGAGGAUGACGUCAUUCAGAUCCAGUGUCGGCCGCAGGAUCCCAGCCAGACGGCCGGCAAACAGCUGAUCGUCCAGGCCACCGGGAGGUCACCAGAUACCUCCGGUCGUACCUGGGACGUACCUCAGCUGGUCGGUUUCGAGAGCCUCUCGCCGGUCGAGUUCAGCGGCGGUCGGCAGGAGUUUGAGUGCGAGGUGGCGCUGUUCCGGCGCACCCCCGGCUCCGAGAUUUUCUCCACCGUGGUCGGAGCCGGAGAUACCAUCACACUGGGCGAGGAGCUCCACCUGCGCAGCAUCAUACGGGCCGGGGACGGCUGGCAGUUCAGUAAGCUCACAGACGUCCUCGUGGAGCGCGUGGCGGCCGACGGCGGGGGUCUCCCGUCAGACAGCGCUCCGCUGGUAUUCAGCGAUGGAUGUCGGAACCAGGACCUCACCCUGAUCGCUCCGGAUCACCCGGCUCGUCACCAGACCAAUCAGCUGAUCAGCAACUUCGCCUUCCGCGUGUUCACCUUCCAGGGCAUGGAGUCGGGUGACCGAUUGCAGGUGUCAGCCAGAGUCACAGGAUGUGUCGAGGCCGCCGACUGCGCGCCGGCGGUGUGCUCGGACGGAGGUCAGGGAUUCGGCCGGAGGAGAAGGCGUGACGCCCGUCUAAAUGGCGCCAACACCACUGACUGGCGCCAAAACCUGGCCUUCAGCGUGGUCAUACCGGAUACCCACGCACUAUCUCAGCGGCCUCUGCCGGCGGCCGAGCCCCCGGUCCCCGUCGCCGCCCGACCCGGCGGCUGUCCAGCCGCGCUGCUGGCCUCGCUGGUGGCAGCGCUGGCCGGCUGCCUGCUGCUGCUACUGACCGCUGUCUGCCUGCUGAAUGUCAGACAGCAGCGCCGGCUGAAGGCUGCUUGCCGUCAGAAACCACCGCCCCCGCCGCCGGAGCAGCAGCAGCGCUGUGGUGGUCAAAUGGCGUACCACGAGUGUGUGACUCCGCCGCUAGGUGGCUCUGAGGGUAUCGAGUGGCCGCCGAAUGAGCCACAGCGCUGGCCACUGGAUGGAGCCAUCACAGCACCGCGAGGACGCUGUACCGAGAGGCGACUGAGGCGCCGCCGAGCGGAUGUCAGAAGAAGCUUUAGUGCCGGCAGUCUCCGCUGUGGCUGUGCUCAACGGGAGGGCAAAGGAGGGAGCGAAGAGACGGCGGCCAAACAGCCUGAGAAUGUGAAUGUCAGUAUCGUGAGGGUACCUGCUGAGGAGAAUAUCUACUCGGAACCAAGGCCUCAUUGGGAUGUCGCCCCUACCAUGGUUUGAUCGAUGUUAAAAAAAGUGUAAGACUAAGGUGUGCCUGAGACUUGAGAUGUUUGAUAUCAGACUGACCGUCUGAUAUGUGUUUUACUGCCGGGAAUGGGUGUGGUUGAUUGGGAAUUGGGUGGCUUGAGUGCAGAAUACAGGAAGUACACUAUUUGCAAAUGAUGCAGGGUACAGGAUGCCAUUGCCCAUUGAGGUCGUCGAGUGUCGGAAGAAAAUGAUGUGCGGUUGGCUAUAGGUGCUGCCUGCUGGCAGUGCUCUGGCCUUACACGGACAAAUCACAAUGGCACUGGAUACAUUGCCAUCGGGGGUAUUCUUGUGC